AAGAAUACAUACAUCCUUAAUAAUACGACAUAGAAACCCCGCGAAGACGGAUGCUCUCUAAAGGGCCGAUCCGACAGCGCAAAUCAUCUCUCUUCCCCGCCAGCACAAACAUAUUCAUCACAAUCCCCCCAACGUCGCCGGCCGCUUCGGGAAGUUAAACCGCUGGGGGUUCAUGUCGAUCUGAUCCGACCCCGAUAGCGGCACAGAUGAUUAGUUAAGAACCGGCGGUGAGCCCUUGAUUAACCUUGUCAUGGUUGGUGUUCCGAGGAGCACUGGAUGCCGGCUUUGCAGAACCAGGAAGGUCAAAUGUGAUACUCUCAAGCCGUCCUGCGGCAACUGCAUCAAAUAUGGAGCAGAGUGUCCAGGUUAUUCUCGUGGCCUAAAGUUUGUCGAUGAGAAGCAUCAGAUUCGUCAACGCGGCAGGCGACAGGGCAAAAGCGAAGAAGUGUCGACUAGUUCCUCUUCCAGUACAACGGGCUCUGAUAUCGCUACAUCAGACUCAGAAACAUGGUCUCUGGUUAGGCCCUCACCAACCCUGCUGAGGCUGGAGUUGCCAAGAGGGCCACUGCUACUCAACAUGAUAGAGUCGUCCACUAACUACACUCGGUCCACCGAUGUCUUUACACUCUUAUCAUGGUUGAACAUUGAUCGUCUAGGAAAGCGGGCUCUGCUCGACGGGGCUAUCUGUUCCUUUGCUCUACAUCUUACUGGCAAAGCAAACUCCAAUGCCGACCUGGUCGCCAAAAGCAGAACUAUAUAUGGCUUGGCACUCAAUGAGUUACAGGCCGCUCUACAACACUCCACAGAGUGGAAGGCAUCUGAGACCCUGUGCGCUGCUAUACUCUUAUGCUACUUUGAGCUGUUUGCUGGGACAACUGUCCCCGAUACUUGGAUCCAACAUGCCAAAGGCAUUGGAACUCUAAUGGAGCAGCGAGGACCAGCAGCUCACGCCGAAGGCUGGGACGCAGCUAUGCUGCUCUCAUGCCGUGGUAUUCUUACUAUAAGCGACAUGUUCUAUCCCGGAAAGGACCAAUUGUUCCUGUCGAGGCCAGCAUGGAGGCAUGUCACGUCUGAUGGCGGUAGACGUCUCAUCUAUGCUCCUGACGCCCCAAUUGAGCACAUCCGCGUCGGUGAUGGCUUCCUUGCAAACCUGGCCCAGCUCACACCUAUUUUGCAUGGGGCUUAUCUUCUGAGAGAAGCUAACAAGGCGGGCAUAUUUGUCGAGCCUGACAAAAUCUCCGCCUUGGCCCACCUAGCCACCGUGGAACAUGCGAGAUUGGCGCGAUGGUUCGACGAUUUCGACGCGCUUGAGUUUCCAAGACCGGUCGAGGUUAUGCCAACCGACCCGGCGAAUUCGCUGUUCGAGACAGUGCUGGAACACAAGUUGGCAGUAGCCGGGUCCUUACUCAUGGGAUACUGGGCAAGUAUGCUCAUUCUAGAAGAGACACUGGUCGAAUGUGGGACACCGCGAGCUAACUCGGAGAUAUCCAUCCGGUACUUCGUAAAUCAGAUAUUGCGGUCGGUAGAGUCUGUGGGACGAGGCACUAUGGGGCCAUAUCGAAUUGGGUUCGCCAUACGGAUCGUAUAUGAGUUCGCUACUGGGAAAGAACAGAGGUGGAUUGCCAGCAUGCUGGAUAGAUUCUCACAAGGGUAUGCUGCUAUUGACAAGAAGACAUACCCUAAGCCUAAGGAUGAUGACACUCAGCCAACGCGGGUUGUUCAGUCUGCAGCUUAGGGUAGUUGGUGGCCUUUGAGAUGGUGAGAGGAGUUGGAGCAUGUUUGAUGACUGGAAAGGUCUCCCAAGAUGAUGCUUGAUAUUGCAGGUAGAUACUGUUUAUUAGCAUAUUGAGGAAUUUUCUGCAAGUCAAUUGAUACCCAAACCUUUACGAA